GUUGGUUUAUCUUUUGGAUCAUAACCAUUCACAUCAAUACAACACAAUAAUCAACAUGAGCUCUAACAAAUCAUACAUCGUCAUCUUUAAAGAUGAUGCUCCUUCAUCAAAGAUCGAUGAAGAGAUUAAAAAGGUCACCGAUGCAGGAGGCAAAAUUACUCAACGUUAUGAUUCUUCAAUCAUGAAAGGUUUCGCUGCUCAAAUGCCAGAAAAUUUGGUUCAAAGCUAUACCAGCUUAACCGCAGGUAGCAAACACGAUUACCUCUCUUACAUCGAACCAGAUCAACAAGUUCACACAAUGCAAAAGUAAGGUUUGACUUACUCUCUAUAUAUAUAUAUGUCUGUAUUCAAUUUGUACAAUGAUUAC